AAAGACCAGUGAAAAAAGGGGAAAACGCAAGAAGAAAUGCAUCCCUGUGGCUUGUAGCACCACAGAGGUAGGGCACAGAUUUUGUUAGUGAGCAAGUAAGAUUGAGUUCAAGAAACAGCUUAAGUUUUCCCCUUGGGUUUCCUGUAGUUGUAAAAGAAAGAAAAAAACUUUAAGACAAAUUAAGUUGAGCAGUCUGUUUGAGGAAAGGAGGGUUCAUGAGUCAUGCAUCACCCUGAACCACUAGCGAUUCAGAGCGCUCCCACCCAGCACCUUGGCCAGGAGAACCAUGUAGACUUUUGACUGGUGUUGAGUAUGUUGUUGGAAGGAAAAACUGUACCAUUUUAAUUGACAAUGAUCAGUCCAUCAGUCGAAAUCAUGCUGUGUUAACCGCUAACUUUUCUGUAACUAACUUGCAGCAAACAGGUGAAAUUCCUACUUUAACAAUAAAAGAUAAUUCUAAGUAUGGUACCUUUGUUAAUGAGGAAAAAAUGCAGAAUGGCCUUUCUCAGACUUUGAAGACAGGGGAUAGAGUUACCUUUGGAGUGUUUGAAAGUAAAUUCAGAGUAGAAUAUGAGCCUUUGGUUGCAUGUUCCUCUUGUUUAGAUGUCUCUGGGAAAACUGCUUUGAGUCAAGCUAUAUUACAACUUGGAGGACUUACAGUAAACAGCUGGACAGAAGAAUGUACUCACCUUGUUAUGGUAUCAGUUAAAGUUACCAUUAAAACAAUAUGUGCACUCAUUUGUGAACGUCCGAUUGUAAAGCCAGAAUAUUUUACUGAAUUUGUUAAAGCAGUUCAGUCCAAGAAACAGCCUCCACAAAUUGAAAGUUUUUACCCACCUGUUGAUGAACCAGCCAUUGGAAGUAAAAAUAUUGAUCUGUCAGGACGACAGGAAAGAAAACAAAUCUUCAAAGGGAAAACAUUUGUAUUUUUAAAUGCCAAACAGCAUAAGAAAUUAAGUUCAGCAGUUGUUUUUGGAGGUGGAGAAGCUAGGUUGAUAACCGAAGAAAAUGAAGAAGAAGAUAGUUUUUUUUCAGCUCCUGGAACUUGUGUUGUUGACAUAGGAAUAACAAAUACACAGAUCUUAAUUCCUGACUCCCAGAAAAAAUGGAUUCACUCAAUUAUGGAUAUACUCCAAAGGCAGGGUCUUAGACCUAUUCCUGAAGCAGAAAUUGGAUUGGCAGUUAUAUUCAUGACUACAGAGAGUUAUUGUGAUCCACAGGGCCAGCCAAACACAGGAUUAAAGACAAAGACUCCAGGGCCGAGCCUUUCACAAGACUCGUCAGUCAGUGAAAAACUCACGUCAAGUGCUCCUGAGAACACUGCAACAUAUGUAGCUGACACAGAAUCAGACCAGGCACAUACAUGUAUGUAUUCGAGUGAAAAGCCAAAAGAAACAAAAAUCUCCAAAAUGGAACAAAAAUGUGGAUCAUCUUCACAAGAAAUACCCAUUAUAAAAGAAGCCCCCAAAACAAGUUCCAGUAAUAACUUAGCAUCAAAUACUCUGGUUAGGGCAAAUAUCCAAAACUAUCAACUUUCACCAACUAAAUUCCCAAGUGUAAAUAAAAGUAGAGAUCGUGCUUCUCAGCAACAGACAAAUACCAUUAGAAACUACUUUCAGCCAUCUCCCAAAAAAAGGGAAAGGAAUGAAGAAAACCAAGAAAUGUCUUCAUCCAAAUCAGCAAGAAUGGAAAUGUCUUGUUCUCUUUUAGAACAAACACAACCUGCUAUAACUUCACUAUGGAAAAACAAAGAGCAAAAUCUAUCUCAGAAUGAACCUAUGGACGUAAAAUCAGAAAACUUACUUACAGAUGAUGAAGAUUUAAAAUCCAGUGUAAAAAACUCUGAUAGUAAAUCUGUUUCUACAGAAAGUCUAAGAUCAAAAAAAAGAAAAGAAAUUGAUUUGGCCAUAGAAGAUGAACUGUUGGAGCAGUUAUUCAAGAACACAAGAACAGAGUCAGAAAUUGAAGUGAAAGUUGAAAAACAAGAAGAUGUCAACAUUAGAAAAAAGCCAAGAUUGGAUAUAGAAACAAAUAACAAUUUUGAUGAUAAAAUAAUACCAGAAAGUGACAAAAUACCUCAAGAAAGUGAAGUUGGGAAGAAAUGUGAGUUCAAGAAAGAAUCACUGUGGUCAACUAAAGAAAUAUCUAAUAAUGAUGAACUUCAGGACAGCAGUGAGAUGCUUCCAAAAAAGUUGUUAAUGACUGAAUUUAGAUCACUGGUGGUUAAUAACUCCACUUACAGAAAUCUGUGUGGGAUAAAUAAUGAUCGUGGUCAUCAACUCAAGAAUUUCAAGAAAUUCAAAAAGGUCACCUUUCCUGGAGCAGGUAAACUUCCGCACAUCAUUGGAGGAUCAGAUCUAAUAGCUCAUCGUGCUCGGAAGAAUGCAGAAUUAGAGGACUGGUUGAGACAGGAAAUGGAGGUACAAAAGCAACAUGCAAAGGAAGAGUCUCUUGCUGAUGAUCUCUUUAGGUAAAGUUUGACUUCAUCUUUU